AUGAAAGUAGAAGGCUCUACUAAAACCUAUAAAUACCUCAAAGUGUGGCCAGGGAGAAGUCAGGCUUGGGGUUGGAGAGAUAUAGGAACCGAGCAUUCUCCUUGUAUGCAGCCUGCAGAUGUGGAGGAAGUUGUCAAGAAGAGCGUGCAGACCGUUGUGAUAGGCCUAGGGAUGAGUGAGGCCUUAAAGGUGCCUCCAUCAACUGCAGAGUGCUCAGAGAAACAAGGCAUUGAUGUGCGGGUCCUGCAGAGAGGGCAGGCUUAUUAA